AUGUCUGCUCAAGUGUUUACCCAUCCAGACGGGCGCAAAACCGAGUACCUCGUCUCCGGCGCGCAGGAUGGCUUUCCCCUCAUCUACAUCCACGGCACCCCGGGCUCGUACACCGUCGGCCCCAAGCUGAACACCACAUGUGAGGGGAAGGGGUUCAAGCUGAUCACGCUCUCGCGAGCGGGCUAUGGUGACUCUACGCGGAAUAAGGGCAGGCUGGUCGUUGACGCCGUGGCGGACAUCCAGGCACUGCUUGAACACCUUGGCAUCAAGAAGUGUGUCGUCGCUGGGAAAAGCGGUGGUGGACCGCACUCUCUGGCCUGCGCGGCUCGGCUACCAGGCUGCGUGGCCUCGCUGGUAAUCGCAGGCGUGGGCCCGUUCAAAGCGGAUGGGCUCGACUUCCUUGCUGGUCAAGGGCAAGGCAACAUAGACGAAUGGGCGGCCGCACUCAAGGGGGAGGAAGAACUACAAAAGUUCUGCCAGGCUGAGAGGCCUGGGAUGAUGGCGGCAGACGCGAAGGGGCUGACGGAGGCGCUGGCGACCCUCCUGCCCGAGGUAGACAAGAAGGCGAUGCUGGAAGACGAGCACACGGGCGACGACAUUGUCAAGUCAAUGCAGGUGGCGCUGCGGGAGUCGUGCGACGGGUGGGUGGACGAUGACCUUGCCUUCAUCCGCCCAUGGGGCUUCGAUCUGGGCGAGAUCAAGGUGCCCGUCUUCCUAUACCAGGGCAGCGAGGACAAGAUGGUUCCGCUGGCGCAUGGGAAGUGGCUGGCUGGUCACCUCCCGGAGGACAAGGUGGAGGCGCGUCUUCUGGAAGGUGAGGGGCAUAUCUCCAUCUUCUCCGCGUACAUCGACGAGAUGCUGGACAAAUUGUUGGCUGUGGCGAGAGAAUAG